CUAACACAAGCUCCUCCUUAUAAAACCCACGGAUGCCUUGGGGCAUGAGCCAACUCCUCAGAGGGAAACAGAGCCUAACUAGCUUAGCUAGCAUAAGCAGUUUCAGGAAGCACCAAUGGAGGGUUUCAGCCAGAAGCAUGUCAUUGGAAUUCCUCUGCCUUCCUUUGCAUAUGCUGACGAGAAAACACAAGGAAAACCAUCAUGUUCUUCUUUGGUUCGCAACAAGGACAAAAAGAAUUCCAUCGUUUAUCGGAUGAGCAAGCUAAGCCAGAAAACAGAUACUUACAUGCAGGGCUUCAAGGAACACUUAGCACUUGGACCGAAAAUUUCGGAAACUGUGAAAGGGAAACUGAGCUUAGGUGUGAAGGUUCUCCAAGCUGGUAGCAUGGACAAGGUCUUCAGGCAAUACUUCCGAGUCGAGAAAGAAGAGAAGCUACUGAAGGCUUUCCAGUGUUAUCUCUCAACCACAGCCGGCCCAAUAGCUGGAAUGCUUUUCAUCUCGACUGAGAAGAUUGCCUUCCAUAGUGACAGGCCUUUGGAUUUAAAAUCGCCCAAGGGCCGCAUCGCAAGGGUGCCCUACAAGGUCAUGAUUCCUGCAAAGAGGAUCAAGAGUGCUGCCGUGAGGGAAAAUUUGUAUAAUCCCGAUGAGAAGUACAUCGAUGUAGUUACUGUUGACGGCUUCGAUUUUUGGUUUAUGGGUUUCAUCAGUUACACAAAAUCACUGAAAUAUCUUCAGCGUGUAAUUUCGGAGAUGAGAUGACACACCCAGUUCUGUAAUCCCAAGCACACUGGGUACCAUGUGUCCAUGUUGAAAUGGUAUAUGUACAUUGGAAAAAAUAGGAUUGAACAAUCAUGUUGGAAUGGAAAGCAUUUUUUACUUUA